GUCACCUCGCGGUUUCAGGUGUAAACUAAGGGCGCGUCAAAUGAGUAAUCGUAGUCGUAAUUUGAUCAUUCAUAAUUGUUACUAUUGUCAGUUUCAAGGACUCUGGAUGCAGUCUGCAAUGAUGCCGCGUUAAGUGCAACGAGGCGAUUAGUUUCUAUUUUAUCAGUGUAAUAAUACGCCGUAAAUGAUUUACACAUUGACGGCUAUAUUCGUACGCGAUUACGAGAACUGCGCGUAGCUUAUAUCAAUUUGCGUAGCUCGGAUGUCCAGUAUAACUCGCCGAAAGAAACCUAAUCGAUUCUGUUAAAAAAUAACAUGUCAAAUACGCCCUGGAACUAAUCCGUCGACUUGGCUGCGGUCUUUUUGUUCGUUAUCCGUGUAUCGUUGAUAUUAUCUUAGUUAUGACAGGGUGUUGUUCACAUCACAGAUGAUGGAGUUACAGGAGGCACGACCUCUGAUAAGAGACUCUGACCUAACCCUUCAACCUCGCAGUGCUCCACGUUACAAAGUCUGGCUUCCCCUUGCUACGCAGCAGCUCCGUCUCAGGAACUUGAUACAAGUUAUUGGUUACAAUUUAAAAAUUGAGAAUUCGUCGACCGACUGCAAAGAAUGGUUCUACUAUACUCUUCAUCGCACAAACAUGUCAUCGCCUCUAUACACAAGCGAGCCGAUUGACAAUACCUGUCCAAAAUGGGCUGGCCUAGAUGUUCCCGUACUACACGCGACAGGACACUCAGCUGCGAGCGACAUAGUACUCAGACUUUGGAGGAAAACUGAUAUGCAAGGCACGAAUACCGAUGUGACUAUACUAGCGUGUGGGUUGUCGCUUACGGGUCUGGUGUAUCUCGGUACAAAACUUCCGAGUAACUUGGAUAGUUGUAUGAAGGAUAAUUCGCUGAUAUUUCACCUUCAAGGCGGGUAUUUUACCCCACCGUGCUGUUGCCUGAAUCCCCCAGAGUUAAAGCGAUACAUUGCCAUAAGUGUCCAGGCUGCAGAUGUGAGGGACAGCUACACGGUUAACAAGUUAUGCAGCUUGAGAAGUAAGAUGCAGGCGCUUAAGCAGCAGUCAGAAGCUGCGCGUGCACUGAGGGAUAGAAUUGCGCUUGGGUACGAAUCUCAAAAUCAAGUGGUCUAUCCUCAGUCUACGCUUAACAGGCUAUUACAACCGAAACAAGCAAACAGAAAAAAGAGAGCUGAGAGUCUGAGGAUAAGAAAAGAACUGGAGGUCGCUAGAUUCAGGACAAAACUAUUGGACCAGGAAAGGAUAAAAAAAGUUGGAGAGAUAAGGACCCUGAACCAGGUGCAUACCAGCAUAGCCGAGGAGAAUCAAGAUCAUGGUUCAGAUCUGAUGGAAAAGUAUAGGGAGUUGAACAGAGAUAUUGAACGACUCCGCGAGUGGCGCCAAAGUCAGACGGAAACCAGAGAAGCUUAUGCGUAUACAACUACGCGGCUCGCUCACCGUCGAAUGCAGCUCAUAUCUGAACUUGGCCUCAUCUAUCCCAUAUCUCGACUAGAGGAUGAUAGAUACAUGAUAAACAACGUCCAUCUACCAGAUAGCGAAGAGCUGGAUUCCUGCAAAGACACGCAAGUAGCUGUGGCUCUCGGAUCAGUUGCUCAUACGACACAAAUGAUCGCUAACUUCCUGAACAUCCCUACGAGAUAUCCGAUUAUUCACUGCGCAUCCAGAAGUAAAGUCAUUGACCACAUCACGGAAAACAUACCUGAUAAAGACAGACAAUUUCCGUUAUUUGCUCGAGGGAAAGACAAGCUGCAAUUCCAUUAUGCAGUCUACCUGUUGAAUAAAAAUAUAGCACAGCUGAGAUGGUACUGUGGACUUCCUACUGUGGAUCUUCGAGCUACUCUUCCUAAUCUCGCAUCGUUGAUCAGUAUAAAGCCGAAUCAACCCUUGGAUGGGUCGAAGAGAACGUUUUCCGGGUCAUCGUUGGAUACAGAUCACAGUAGUAUGGGAAAAUACAAAUCUCUGGCACCGCCACAACCACUGUCGACGCAUCUGCCUGUUCAGAAAGUUGUAUUUGAGAAGUGUCACAAGCAAUCGCGAUCAAUCGGUCGAUCUAAGAGCACCAGGUGCUCACUGGGAGCGUCCUUAGAUCAAGGCUUGGAUAAUCAAGCACAGCCAUCAACUCUUGGUAACAAUACUAAGCGAAUUUGCAAGUCUGAGGAUGAGGCGAUUGAUGACAUGCCUUUAUCUUUAUCGAAAAAUAUUCCUACAGACGGAAGUGGUGAGACCGCAGGUCCUUUGACAGCCAAAAGCAAUGAUACCAUAAUUCGAAGUCAAUCUAAACAGGGCCAGGGUCCUUUACUAAGAGAAGCUGUUGCUUCCGUUGUGGUUCCGUUAGAAAGCAAUAUAGAAAUCACUGUACCGAUAUCUGUAACAGAGAGAAAAUCCACUUCUGGAUCUGAUCCCGUUGAGAAUUCCAGACACCGAAGUUCAAACUCUGUAAGUAGCUGUGAAAUGGCGCUUUGUAUCGGACAACUGGAGGGUGACGAAUUUAAGUGUGACUUAGAUGGCGAUGAGGAAACGUUUUUACACAUUGAAAGGAUGGGGUUACGCGAUGAAGUAGACGUGGCAACAAGUAGUGCGAAUGGUUCCAGUACCGAAACAGUAGAGAGACACUUGGAAGUUAAUAAAAACGACGUAACGACAGAACGAGAGCAACGAUCCGCCACAGAUGGGUCUAAACCUGCUCCCGCGGCGCUUGACUCGUGCUUUUUUAUGGACGACGCCAUGGACUACGCCAGUAGAGUUCGAGAACAGAAACAACGCACGGGUUCGGUUUGUAGUUUUCCGGAAGAAUAUUUAAUAACGGAAAAAAUUCCGCGGCGAAAGCGAUACGACUCCGAAUCAAGGGAAGAAGGCCUGGAGACGCAAAGAUUUCUCGAAAAUUGGCGAAACAGUGAGUCCACAGCGCACUGCUCAGACGAGCAGCUGCAACAAGACCAGUACAAUUCAGUUCCAACUAACGAAUCGAUGGUGUCGACGCCGCCUACGUUAUUCAAGUCAUCGAGAAAUUGCACGGAGCCCGAUGACUCGCGAACAUCAUCGGAAUACAUCGAUUCGAUGAGAAGGAGUUCCGAAAACGUUUUCGCACGAACUGAGGCAUUGGCCAACAAACGUACCAGUUUCAAAGUAAUGAGACCACGCCAAUAGCAAACUUGGAACGUAGAGAACGUAAAUCGGGUGAGAAGAGUAGACGACGUAAUCGGAUGUUUUGCAAAACCGUUGCUUUCAAAGAAUAAAUUUUCAUACAAAUUGUAGAAACGCUCUUGCCAUUUAACGAAUCCGUGCCAGAAAGGGGAAAAGGACAUAGAAGCGUUUGGCACAACGAAACUCAAUAACAAUCUGUGAUACAACAAAUAGCAAAGUUUCAGUUACGAUUAGGGGUUUUUGCUAUUUUUGAAGGAAACGCGAGAAGAGGAUUAACAAAUCUAGGGAUAUUGCCUUGCUAUAUUUAAUACGUAUCAGCAUCACAGCAAGCUUUGCACGUUGAAACGACUUCUUGCAUUAAAUUAAAAUAUUUGAAUGGGAUUUCGCGACUCUGGCCUGCCCCUUGUGAAGAACGUCUAUGUAUAAGGGAACACGUACUUUGAUUUGAACUUAACCUGAAAUUCCAUACCGAGGUAAAUCGCUGUAGCCUGAACCUCAUCAGAGAUCCUCACUCUCCAUACAGAGAGAACCUGCAAUGUAUUUAUUAGAAUGUAAGAUCGAUUAUUAAUCGAACAGUUGCAUUACCACAUUGUAUGUACAUUAUAAAAUAAUGAAGUUAGUUUAUUGGAGAA